AUCCUCGAACUGCAGGAGUAGAGAGAAAAGAAGAAGAAAAGAAAACCAGAGAUCGAUCUCGUGCUUUCCCGUUGCACGCUACGCUUUGCGACCACACCUCAAACCACGAGCUUUCAUCCAAACCGCCGCUGCCCAAAGUCAAUUGACAACCCCCGUUUCCCGCCAUGGCCCCGUCCAACGAGAUUGUUACCAUCGAGUCGCUCCCGGAGCUUCUCAAGGAUGAUACCAAGGUAAAGUUGGCCGGCAUCGACGUCGACGGCAUGUUGCGCGGCAAGCUCGUGUCCAAGAGCAAAUUCCUGUCAGUCGCCAAGUCUGGUUUCGGCUUCUGUUCCGUAAUCUUCGGAUGGGACAUGCACGACUUGACAUACAUCAAGGAACUCAAAAUCAGCAACGCCGACAACGGCUAUCAUGACCUGAUAGCCAUUCCCGACCUCUCUAGCUUUCGUCGCAUUCCGUGGGAGAACAACGUGCCCUUCUUCUUGGUCAGCUUCUAUGACCCGGAUACCCAGAAGCCCAUCUGCGCGUGCCCUCGCGGCUUGUUGAAAACAGCCUUGGAAAAGUUACAGACGAAGGGCUACGGUGCCAUGGCCGGAGCCGAGUACGAGUUCUAUCAGUUCAAGGCACCUGCUCGCUCUGCCGAAGCCACGAGCUCCACGGCCGGAUAUUUGCAAGAGAACCCCCCACAAGCUUUGCCAUCCCUUACCGAGGGUAUGUUUGGCUACAGCUUAACGAGGACCGUUCAUAACAACGACUACUUUUAUGACAUCUUUGAGACAUGCUCCCAGUUCAAGUGUGACAUCGAGGGCUGGCACACCGAGAGCGGCCCAGGUGUCUUCGAGGCGGCCCUCGAGUUUGGAGAGAUUCAACAAAUGGCCGACAGGGCUAGCUUGUUCAAGUACGUUGUCAAGUCGGUCGCGACAAAAUAUGGUAUCACCCCUUGCUUCAUGGCCAAACCAAAGCAAGGAUUGCCUGGAAAUAGCGGUCAUAUGCACGUUUCCAUCGUCGACAAGGAGGGCAAGAACCUCUUUGCGCGGGAGACGAAGGACGAGAAUCCUCCCUAUCCGGAUGUUGCUGGACUUUCAGACAUGGGCCGCCAUUUCUUGGCUGGCCUUCUCGAGGGUCUCCCUGAUGUUAUGCCUCUAUUGGCUCCUACGGUGAACUCAUACAAACGUCUGGUUGAGAACUUCUGGGCACCCGUGACGGUCUCGUGGGGCUUGGAGCAUAGGGCCGCAUCGAUUCGCCUCAUUGCUCCUCCUACAUCGAAACCAGGCGCAACCCGUUUCGAGGUCCGCGUUCCCGGCGCUGACACAAACCCGUCUUUUGUACUGGCAGCAAUCCUUGCUCUUGGCUGGCGAGGCGUUGAGAAGAAGCUGGAAAUUCCUGUUCCGCCUUUGGGCAAGGGCCAAGAUGUCGGCGGUAGCAGUGAUAAGGGUAUCAGGCUCGCAAAGAGUUUGCGUGAAGCAAACGAUCGGUUCAAGCGGAAAGAGAGUGUCGCUAGAGAAGUCUUUGGAGAUGAUUUUGUCGAUCAUUUCAGCGGAACAAGAGAUCAUGAGAUCCGGCUUUGGGAUGAAGCUGUAACGGAUUGGUGCGUAUCAACAUUAAGCCCCUUGCCUGAGUGUAAAACAAAAUUGCUAACACAUCCUGCGUAGGGAGGUCAAGCGAUACAUUGAGACGGUCUGAAGGCCGGGGGUCUGCGCGACUCAUCCCUUCUAUCGUUGCCUGGAUCCUGAGUAUUCUCAUCGCAUGUCGGGCUCCUCCGGGGAAGACGGUGUCGGGCCGCCUGCGUAAUGCAGCCCGGAAACAACCCCGCCACGAAAACGACCGGUAACUCGAGUCAAGAACCUUACCAUAUUUCGGCUAUACGCAUGUGCCACCUAACCUUGUCCCGAGUUAUACUAUUCAUUUAGAUACCCUCUCCAAAUACCAAAGUGUCGAUAUAUGUAACACCGUCGUGUCAUUUGCUUCUGCCCGGUGCAGGAGCAAACGUAGCAAGGUUUUUGACGGGCGGCAUGCGACAAUGCUGGCGACAAGCUUGCUUGGUCGUAU